CAGAAAGGACUGUGACGCUGUAGACAGACAUUGGGUUCAAACAUGAUCGAAAUUAUGGAUGGAAUUACCUAAAAGACUGCUCUGUAUACGAAUGCAUCCGGUUUCACGGAGUAUACAGUACAGUACGUACAUAGGUACUGGUAUAUGCAACACGCCACCCUCCAACUCUGCAUGGCGUUAAAAGGAAGCUUACUUCUCUGAAACAAUGUCCAAGACAUCCAAUCAAACCUCGAACUAUCUCCUGGAGAGAAACCUUGCGUUCCUGGUUUCUUUGCCUUCACUUCAGGAGUUGGUUGUCCCAGCCUCUUUCUUCUUCAGUACCUAUCCAGCUGAACCGCGGAAACCAGGAGGACUUGGAGUGAGACUGUAUUAAGAGGUCCGCUAGUCACUAAUAUUUUGUUCGAGAAGCCCAAAGGAGCGUCUGAAGGAGUGCAGAGGAUCGACUGACUGUCAAUCCCCCAAUACGACAGUGGAAAGACCCGACCUGGGGAGAAUCAGACAAGGGAGCACUUGGCUGUCUCGAUCUCUUUUUUUAGUUGCUGACAAUAUCACAGCUAAUAGCUAAGGCUCAUAAUACUUGUAUGUAUGUAUGUAUGCACUCGAUCAGGAAUAACAUGUCGACUCAGGCAGGAUUAGCCCGACAAUCCUGAUUCCCUAUCCGCAUCCAAACCAACCAAAGUAUAUAGAUGGGAAACCUUCCAGUACCACCCUUUGCUCUUUUGUCUCAGGUAGUCAGGUACCUGAACGCGCGGCACGCGACACCUAGCCAGAAGAGCCAUCAGUUUUUUAGCCUACAGCACCUGAUUUUGGUGUCACAUCACACAAAGACCAAGCAAUCAGCGAUUGAUGCAAGGGUUCCAUUGGUGUAUCACUGCAGAAUUGAUCUGUUUUGCUUGACGAUUUGGACAGCGUCGGUUCUGGUUCAAGCAACAUCAUGCACAGUCGGAGACUGGGUACACGCAACAUGGACGGAAUCUGCACAUAAUUCUCCAGCUCCGCACGGAUAGCACUGGACCUCCAACACUUCUUGACUCUUCUCUACUGGCCUGAUCCAAUCUGAGAGCUUCCCCUGUCGUGGCCGGCUUGGCCCAACGCCACACACGCCCCCUCCAAGUCUCCACAUCAACUCCAUCUCUCCUCAUCUUCAGUGCUCCAUGAUAUGUAUCCUGUUGCCAUAACCCCGGCUUGGCACCUUGGAUCGCCAUUUCGACAUUCUACUGCCUUGCUCGACAGUCUUGGCCAAUGCUAGCCAAGAUUAUACCGAGCAUGGUCUGUCAAUAAUUCAAGCAGCUUUUUCAGCCUCGCUUCUGACGCCGUAGCCGACACCGCUUCUCAUCGAGAUUCAAUGCAAUCAAAACAUGCGUGGACUGAUCAAAGUAUGGCUCAAUGUCCGUUCAAGUAUGGCAUGGCUUAAGCGAAAUAUGCCGUUUCGAUCGCCAUUGGGAUUGAGGUUCUGCCAACAAGCGAAAGAGUGGUGUGGAAACAACGAGGAAUUCCGGUGGAUUGCCUGCGCCAUGGUCUUUGUGUCUUCAGUGCUUAUGUAGUCUGGAAUCUGGCGAGUGUGUCAACGGCUUGCUAACACCCAAGGGCAUUCGGAUCUGCGAUCCCACUCAUUUAGGCAUGCCCUUCUUUAGCUCUUCCACUAUCUCAGCCGCUUCCAAUGCACUACGGGCCUCAAAGUCAUAUCGUUUACUCUCAGUUGCUUUAUACACAACAAGCUAUGCGCGGCUUUGUUAGAAUGGUAAUCAAGGCCCAAAGAACAGUAAACUCUCACCUUGACAUUCGUGGGAUGUUUCCGGAGGACUUUGCACCCGACCACGUUACUAAAGUGCACUGUUGUUGUCUUGCCUGACCCGUCAUGCAAUGCCUUACCGCCAGACGCUGGCAUGAUAUGAAUGUAUUCGCCGUCGAUCACGAGAAUGCGUUCGCUCAUGCCAACGAUGCGCAUGGGCUGUUUGCGCCAGACAGUGUACUUCUUGUAGCUGGCGUUGCUGAGCUCAUCUUGCUUCAGCGAUUCUCGCGCCAAUGGAUGGCUUCCGACCAUUGGCGUUUGUGACUUCUUGCUGCGUUUCUGCAUGGCCUGUUCGGCCAAAGGCAGCAUCUUCGGGGACGAACUGCCCGGCGAGCCGGUGAUCGUCAACGGACCAUCUGUUGCAAAUCGUCGCCUGUACAAUUCCAAGUCUGAGACAUUCCCAAUGGACGAAACUGGCCGGUCCAGCAUGACUACCGCUCCUGAUCCAGGAAGCUUAAGAACGUGGUUGGCCUUAUCUAGCUGUCUCUUUCGGCAUACCAUGUCCAGCACCUCAGCCAAGUAAGUAUCAGUCAUCACAUCUAGUGUCACCAUUUGACCCGGUGCGACAUCUGAUGACAUGAUAUGAAUCCGAAGCAGCUUUUGCUGCCCGCGGGACGUAUUGGGAGCUGCAGCAGGUGCCUGAGGUAUGUCUGCUGGGGGGGCGUUCGACCGAUAUGUCGUUGUGACGAUAGGAUUUUGUCGCGGACGUUCCGAAAGGAACGGGUUAAUAGCCGUCCCUGGAGUGCCUCGAGGAGUUGCGUCCGCGUCUGGCUCCGUAGGAGUGAGAGGAACCCCGCCGCCGCUAUCCUGCGAUGUUGCUGGCUCUUCUUCUUCGUCUUCUUGUGGGGUGAGUGACUUAUUCUCAAGGUACUCCUCCUCUGAAGCUUCUGCCAACGCAAAGUCGUCGUAAGCAGUUGAAUUGGAUCGCAUGCGGCCUCCACCGCGCGCAGCAGCAUUAUUAACCGUAGUAAAAGAUGUCAACGGCUUCGUUCUUUCAAAGGGGGGGAAAUCGUCGUCAACUUCGCCACCUUCUUCCACCAUACGUAGAGUCCACCAGUUAAUAUUGAGCUUGCCCUUGGGCAACGGAGGUUCGAGUUUCUCCUCAUUGUAUCGGUAUAAACUCAAGCCGAUGAGGUCUGCAACCGUCACCACCCGCUCGGCACCUUGUCCGUCGUGAACACGUGGGCGGAUAAGCACCUGGAAAGGCUUGCUGGGUGUUUUUGAGAAAGGUGCAUAUAUACGCACAGCAAUAGAACCUUGCGUUCCCUGCCCGCUGAAAUGGGCGAACUUCUGGAAGGGAAUAGACGAUUUCUUGUCCUUGGCUUUUAGGGCGGCUGACAGCAGACUCUUGGGCUGGGCGACGCUCAAAGGUCUGAUCAUGCUCAUCGGCCUAGGAGGUGGUAAUGCUCCGAGGACAAUGGGGUGCGCCGGUGGUUUGGAUUUGCGAAUAGUAGACUGGCGUACGAAGUUCUUGGGCGGUGUUCCAACAACCUGGCGGGUGGGGGAAGCAUUGAUGGCGUUUUCGACGCCAUCAAGAAUCGAUGCCGAGUCGAUACUCUCGGCGUAGUUAUCAGAUAAGUCGGAAGCCUCAUCGGAAUCUUCCUCCUCCUCUGGCAAGAGAGAUGUAUCCGCUCGUUGAAUACCGGGCGAGGGCUCCUCUAGAAUUCUAGCCUGCAGCUUCGCAGCCCUUGCCGCAGCGCGAGCAGCUUCUCGAUGCCUCUGGACUGUCGGUAUAUCGGUUUCGUUUUCGGAUGAUAUCUCACUGCUGGUGACUGUGUCUCUCCGGGGCCUCUCCUGCACUGUUAUCAAAGCAGACUGUGAGCCUCGACGAGGCGCCCUUGGUGAGACAGCCCCGACUUGCCUCAAGUUGGUGUUCUGUAGUGGUGAUGAGCCCGCCCUGUGUCUGACCGGCAUUUUUGCAAACUUGAUCUGUUGCGCAGCCCGUUGGUCCGUGUCGUCAUCGCUUUCAUCGCUCAAGUCGCUACUGUCCUCUUCCUCCAUCUGCUCGCGACGCCUGCGCCGUCUGGUAGCCAUUCCUGGACCCAUAGUAUCCGAACCGCCCGCAGUGAGCAUACCGCCAUCUUCUUCUCCAUCUUCGAGUGUGAGGCCAGCCUGUUUUGGUGCUUGGAAGUACUCGGAGGCAAUCGCAGUAGGAAUCGGAGGUGAAUGUGUCCGCUUGUGGUGGGACGAAUUCGGCCGCCAGCCAGCAGCCUUAAAAGGAGCCGAGUUUAUGAAGCCAUCGUUGACGUUUAGGAGUCGCUCUCCAACACCGUCUGCGAUCUCAUCGAGGUAGCUUGUGCGAAGCUGGUAGGAGACGAGUCUGGAUGCGACGUCAGCCUAUGAAUCUGUGCAAAGCCAUUACCGAAGACAUGAUCGUACUCUUCAAGUUGUAUGACGGACAUAGUCGCGACUAAUUAUACGUGAUCGCUUCGCCCUGUGAAGUCAAGAGAUUCCCGAGAGCCGAGCAACUGCUUCAACAUGUUUAACACUGCCCCGAACCGUGAGUUGUGAGUUGUCAAGAAGCCGAGAAUCUAAAGCAGGGACUGUAUCAUCGCUGUAACUGUUAGAGCACGAGUUCAACAGUGGGGUAAUUUAGGGAGCACCUACUGUACACACCCUGACACCUUAUCUGACCUCACCUUCCAUACCCUUGAGUGUGGAGCACAGCCUCGUCAAGAUGUGGCUGCAUUUCAUGUUAGAAGUGGAACCUUUCAACUUCAUGUCGCGAUUCUUUUGUACUUUCACUAUCACACCAACUAACUAAUCGAAUAAUCGACCACCAUGGGCCUUGUCGACUAUUCCGACUCGGAGGGCUCAGGCUCCGAAGCCGAAGUUCAAGCUCCUGUCAAAUCAGUCCCCAAAUCAUCUGCAUCUUCCAAGAAGCCUUUCCAAAAGGUUGUCGAUAGAUCCAACCCUGGCAAAAUCGUUGUCAGCCUACCUCAGCUCGCCAACGAUAAACCGAAAGCCGAAGAAACUCCAGAAAAACGGACCAAGACAGCCGUUGGUGGUAGGUUCUCCGGUUUCAACUCGUUUCUACCAGCUCCCAAGAACGCGAACAAGCCCAAGUCAGUGGCGUCGAGCAGUUCGACAACGAGACCAACCUUUCAGUUCAAGACUAGCGCAGCUCCAGGAUUCAGUAGAGAAGCAGGGGGCGAUCUGAACAAUUCAGGUGACAAUGCAGACGGCAUGAGCCUACCGACACCGAAGGCUGCCACGCAACCACAGAUACCUGAAGGACAAAAACCAGCGGACGAGGUCAAGUUGGUGGGCAAGCCAUUGAUGUUCAAGCCUCUGUCUGUGGCAAGGAACCCCCAGAAGAAGAAGAAACUGAACUCAGGGCUGGCAAAACCAGCGCCUGCUCCCACAGAUGAACAGGCUCCGUUGAAACCGGUUGAGGCAACACCAGAGGCCACGCCAGCCGUUCCCAAGAAGGUGUCGCUGUUCUCUUUGCACACAGAAGAGCCUUCUGAACCUGCAGAAAAGAGUUCCUCGGGAACUUACGAACCAAUGUUUGCGACAGCAGAAAGCUCAUUGGCCUAUGAUGAAGGCGCAUAUGGCGACUAUGCCAGCCAUGCGCAAGCAGGUCCAUCUGCAACAACGCUACCAGGCUCUGAGUCCCUUGAUACAGUAGUCGAGGACCUAAACCUUACUGCCGCUCAAAGAAGAGAACUCUUUGGUCGCAAUGGCCUGGGCAACCAAGCAGCCAAGAAAGUUAUCAAUUUUAACAUGGAUAAGGAAUACAGACACAACGAAGAGAUCCGGGCCGCAGGAGAGGAACAGACUCACAACCCUGUGCGCGCGAUCCAAGGAGGUGGGAAGCACAGCUUGCGCCAGUUGGUACAGAAUGCACAGAGUCAGCGUGAAGCUCUUGAGGAUAGUUUUGCCAAGGGGAAGAAUAACCGAAAGGAGGCAGGGAGCAAGUACGGAUGGUAGUGAUGACAAUGAUACCCAUAUUCGUUCAAUAUAUUCAGGAAUGGUACUAUCUAUUGCCCCCCAUUUUCGUUCAGCAUAUUUACUCCACAAACAUACGUCAUCCUCUAUAAUGCUGAGGUCUAAUAUGCCAGCUAAUAACAAAGCAUACGCGCAAUCAAACAAAAGGGGUGUCUUGAAGCCAAAACGCUCGCCAUGCAACCGAAAAAAAAAUAAAAAAACACAGAGAACAAAUAAGCCUGCAAUAUCAAAAGAUCUCAACUCCGGCCUUGCGACCACUCUGGAAGGCAUUGUCUGCCAUCAUGAAGCCCCAUUCUCCUCGCGUUGUGGGCGAAAUAUCGUCAUAGUCAUGCGGCGUUAACGGUCCAAAUCUUGGUGAUGCUGGACUCAUGAUCGGUGUCGGCGUGAGGGGACUGAAAGCGCUUCGAUUGAUGGGACCGGCGGUUAAGAUUUGAUCUAUCGUUGAAGGCGGCUCCCAUUGUUGCAUUGUGAAAUACAGUUGAUCUGUCGGUCGUGCCGUGCGAUCGCCGUCUUCCUCCUCUUCUACUUCGGUCUGGGUUGGUGCUUGCGCUUGAGCUUGAGCCUGAGCUUGGGCUGGAACCGAAACUGGAGCUGGGACUUGAAUCUUCUUGGGCUUCGGUUUCAGAAUGGGCCCCGGAGUGAAAUUUGUCUGGAGUUUGAGCAGAGGCUUGGGCGAGGGCGUCUUUCCUUUGCAGACAGCCAGGCCUAUCGUGGCCUCCUCAGCCUCUUCUUCCUUGUAUCGCUCUUGCGAGUCGCUGAUAGGUUUUAUGGCUGGCUCCGCAAAGCUAGUAAGACCCAAGAUACCACCAUACUGCUCUGGUCCUCCAUAUGCCCGCCUAUACAUGCGAUCAAGGUCCACAAGUGCCCAAUUAGACACACUCAGCCAGUCAUACGAUCGGAGGAUGGCGGUUUUCGAAACCUUUGCACCAUUGGUAGCCAGGAUGAUACGUCGGAGUUCGUCAACGGCGUCUUCGAGACGGAGGUGGGAUUUCGUUUUGGAAUAGCUGGACAAGGCACUCUUGAGACUGUACAAUCUAUCGAGUGAUAGAACUGUGAGGCCUUCGGAGCAGAAAAGGACUUCGUUCUGGAUGAUGGAGCUAUGGAUGAGCUGGUUGGUGAGCCCGCAAGAGGAAGCUCUGACAGCAGGUGAUAGCCACUCAGUGCUUUGGCGAGUUAGUUAUGUUCUAUGGAGAACCGAGGUGUCUUACCCUAUCGCGAACUUCUUCUCCGUCUUGCUCAGAAUUGAGUUGAGGAUCUUCUCGGACCUAGGGUGGAGCUCGUUGGUGUGGAUAAGUCGCAUACCGAAGCCUGACGAAGCGCUCAUCAUUGAGCUCAUGGUAUCGGUGGUGGUCGAUGAUGCGGUACAAGGUGUCAUGGGAGGAGGAGACAUUGGUGUGGAUGGCGAAAGAGGCCAUCUGAACCGAGGGCUGGACGCUUCAAGCGGGGGAACCUGACCUGGUGAAGACAAAGCACUCCGCGGAGAAUUCAUCGACCUCAGGGAUGUCGAAGAACCAGUCCUCACCAGCGAUUUGAGCCUGGAGACAGGACCUUGAGAGAGGUUCAGGCGAAGACCAGGAGACAGUGGUGAAGGAGUCGUCGGGGUCAGCAGACCCUUGGGGGGCACAACAGAAGGGAGUUGAUAAUCCCGACGGGCUACAACAAGCGUGAUAUGCUGCGACUUGCGGGCCAGACGCGAAGAUACAUGCUCAAGAGCCGGUGCCAGGUGAGGAGGCAGGUGAUGAGCAUCGAGGAUUGAGGUACCAGCCUCGAGGGGUGACGAGAUCCUAUCCUUGAGCGACAUUUUGAAGUUGUGAGGUCGUGCUUCAGUAAAGAGGACGACUUGACCUGCCUGGCCUGAACUGAUCUGGCAAAGAACGAGGAAACCCAACAGGCGACGAGGUACACUGAGAAGAGAGAAACGAAAAGAAGAGAGAUAAGAAGAAAGAUAAAACAAGGUGACCGAACCGAGCAAAAAGCCGCACAGCAGCUGUGAUAUUCUCUCAAACUUGAUGGUAUUGUGAUCCUGUCGUCGUAAUCCUGCGUCAGAAAAGUUUCAAGAGCAGAGAGAAACAAGUGGACGAAAAGAGUAUUAAAAGAGAUGACCGCGUCCGAGCUUAUUCUUCCCCGGACAUGUUCUAUCUAAAAAAAGAACGAAAGGCAGCUUGUUUAUGUUUCACCAUCCAGUUACUUUUCCCCUCCCCCUGGUGGCCUCCCACUGAGUGGCCUGCCAGAUAACCUCGGUGGAUGUGGGUAGACAUGGGGUGGACAUGAAACGGAGGCGUGCCAAGAUGAGUAAGGCUCUGUUGUCGUGAGUUGUAAAAAAGGGGAAUUGCAGCAUCAAUCACUCGCAGCUGAUCAGCAAUAAGCGGUGAUUUUACGAAGAGGAUGGAUACCUUUGGUGGUUUACUGGUACAUCAAGAUGCAGCCCCGCUGUGAGUGCCCAAUGAGGUUUAGCUCAAGGGAUCUCGGCGGCUAACGUGCAUUAGUGGCAGCUCGGCUACUAUUUCUAGCUACUAGCGGGGCUGAAAGAAGUGACUGUGAUUGGCCAGAUCUAGCCUUAUACUUAAUUUAGAAGGCCGUUGGCGGCCUGGCAAGGCAUGUGAGUGGCUGUAUGCAUGCAUGCAUGUGAAUGUGAGUGUGACGAUGAACUCGCAGGUUUUGAUCGAGCAGGGGAUAGACUAAUAACUGUCACUUGUACGUAUUAAUUAAGAUAUCUCAU